UGAGUUGCCUCACUUAAGUUAUUACAAUCGGUCUCAGAAGUGGGAUUAUAGGCAACUCAACGAGAGGAGGUAGGCUUUGAUUACAAUCAUGACAUAUUUGAAGCUAUUACAUCAGCUCUCAAUUAAAGAGAUAAGACAAGAGCUUCGGGACCGAGGUUUAAAAUCCCUCGGUAGCAGGGAAACGCUCACGGCUCGUCUGAGGCAAGCUCUGAUCAAUGAAGAAGAAGAUCCGGAGACCUACACAUUUGAAAUUGAACUUGGGAUUGUUGAGUUCAUUGGCAAGAUCCAGGACUUUUUGGAUACAUUUGAUGAACAACUGAACAUGAGCAGGAACAUAAAGUUGAACAAAGUUGAUGAAAUUGUAUUGCAAGUAAAAGGCCAAAUAGACCAAAGUGAUAAAAUUGUAUCGCAAGCAAAAGGAGGAAUAAACUCGUUAGGGAAGGAGCAGUUGCCUGGUCAGGACUGUGGUUGCACAAACAGUGGUGAUGGAGGCGCUGGGGAUUGGAGCGCCGUCUGUGACUGUGUUGUGGGCAAGUCUGGCGGGGAUGACUUUCAUGGCGAGAAACGUGACAACGAUUGCUGCGAUGAUUUCAAUGGGAUAUGCACUCAUUAA